UUUUGCCGCAGUCAAUAACCAAGAGCAGAUAAGCCGGCUGAUACGAGUCCUGGAGGAGUUUGCAGAUGUCUCAUAACCCUCAUACCAGAAAAGGUGGACUUAUAGGACUGGCUGCCGUUGCCAUUGGACUUGGGACUAGGGGCAUAGGGCCAUACAUUCAAGAGCUCGUCAAUCCCAUUUUGGCUUGCUUCACCGAUGGUAACCCCAAUGUGAGGUAUUAUGCAUCCGAGUCUCUGUACAAUGUUGUCAGAGUCUCGAGGGGCACGGUGCUGUCGCAGUUCAACGACAUUUUCACCAUUCUGGUCCGCUUGGCCAUGGACGCAGACCAGAACGUGAAGAAUGGCUCAGAGAUGCUUGAUAGGAUAAUGAAGGAUAUAGUCACAGAGAGCGCCUCAUUUGAUCUGGUCGCGUUCAUCCCAGUUCUGCGAGAGAAACUUUACUCCAACAACCACUGGGCUCAGACGCUCGUGGUGUCCUGGGUGUCCGUACUCCACACCGUCCCAGACGUAGACACACUCUCCUUCCUGUCCGAAAUCUUAGAUGGAUUAUUCUUCAUUCUCGAGGCUCCUAAGCCAGAGGUCAAGAAGAUGUGUGAGGUUGUGAUUGGCGAGUUUCUCGUGAGCAUCAAGAAAGCACCUGACAGAGUUAAGUUUGGUGAUAUGAUCAAUAUCCUCAUCACUCACGCGCAGUCAAAUGAUCAGCUGGUUCAGUUCAUUGCCCUCACGUGGAUUAAUGAAUUUGUGACUCUCUCUGGACGUGUGAUGCUUCCCCAUACAUCGGGCAUUCUCACUGCCACUCUGCCUUGCCUGGCACUGGAUGACCCAACUUAUGCAAAAACUCGUGCCCUGGCAGAAGAUGUCAGUUCAAGGUUGAUGGAGUUGAUUACGAUAGAGGAUGACAGAGAGGGCCCUGAGGGAUCAGCUGACACCUCAAAAGAAGCAGCGUCGUCUUCCACCUCAGGCGAAGUUAAUAAUCAAGGUCUUGACCUUGGCUCGGUAAUGGAGGUGCUGCUCAAACAGUUACGAAACACACCCGUUCCCUGUAAAACAGCAGUUCUGCGCUGGAUAUAUCAUCUCCACAAUAAGAUUCCUAAUAAGAUGUGUCGUUAUCUAGAAGAGCUGUUCCACGUCCUGCUGCGGACUCUCUCAGACCCAUCAGACGAGGUGGUUCUCUUGGUCAUUCAGGUGCUGGCGCAGAUUGCAUCCACUACCAAUCAGCCACAUGCUGCUGCCACUCAGGUUAUUGAAGGAGAGGAAAGAAAUAGUGUGGAUGAGUACUUCACAAGGUUUCUCCAGAACCUCCUUCACCUCUUCGCAACAGAGCGGAACUUACUGGAGGACAGAGGACCCUUUAUAAUCAGACAACUUUGUGUAAUGUUGAGUGCUGAAGACAUCUAUAGAACUUUAGCUGAACUUCUGCAGAAGGAAGAAAAUCUAACCUUUGCCUCAGAAAUGGUGCAGACUUUAUCGUCAAUUCUUUUAACAUCUAAGGAACUUUUUUCACUGCGAUUACAGCUGAAGGAUCUGUCGACAGCAGAGAACUGUGAACUGUUUGUGAAGCUGUAUCGAUCAUGGAGUCACAAUCCGGUGGCAACACUGACUCUGUGCCUACUCACGCAGAAUUAUUCCCAUGCGGCCGCCCUUGUUCACGCUUUUGGAGACAUUGAAGUCACAACAGACUUCCUUGUGGAGGUAGACAAGUUGGUCCAGCUUGUAGAAUCUCCAAUAUUCACAUAUCUUCGGCUGCAACUCCUGGACCCAGUUGGACACUCUGCUCUGGUCGAGACACUGUAUGGCCUGCUGAUGCUCCUGCCUCAGAGCGAUGCCUUCACACUCCUGCGAUGUCGCCUCAACUGCGUUCCCCCUUCGCACUUGCUGAAGCCCACGCAUGGGAAAAGCGAGAAUCGGAAGUUAGCAAGCAACAUCAACUUUGAGGAGCUGCUGACACACUUCUGCACAAUGCAAGACAAACAUCGCAAAUAUAAACACCAGAAAAUCAAGCAAAGGUUGCAGUCGAGUAUAGAGCCCACUUCGAGACACCAAAAUUAGCGACCGAGUGUACUGUGUUCAUAGGAGGCUGAAAGGUAAAGGAAAAGCAAAUGAGAACAGUGAAAGUAGGAGAUCAUGGCAUUAUUGGGGUGAGAGAAAUUGUGAAUGAGUGGGGGGGAAAAAUACAGGUAGAAAGAUAAACGGAUCAGUACACACACUACACAGAUGGACAUUCAUAAACACAUAUGUACAGAGAGACUGAGUGAAAAGAAAUGGAGAUAGAUGUGAAGAGCAAGCAAGAAAAAUAGAGGGUAGGAGAGUGAUUGAAAAUGGGAGUAAGUCCGUGGGUGAGUGUGUGCAAGCAAGAGAGAGUAAAGCUACAAAGUGAGAAAGAGACAGAUAAAUAGAGAGACAGAGAGGGGAGAAAAUAAGAAUAAAAUACCUGUUUGCUGAUAAGAUUAUUAUGCUGUUUAUUAUUCAGUAGUUCAAGCUUUGAACAAGCGAACAGGUUUUUCUAAUAUAGUUUAUUGCAGGAAUGGUUAUCUUUCUGAUGAUGAUAAUGAUGAAUAGUAUGUCUUGUUUUAUUUUGCAUUAAGCGAUUUACUAGAUAUCAGUUUAAGUAAGAACAGAGCACUUAUACAAUCUGCGGUUCUCAGCUGUACGAGAGAAUAUGUAGACUUCACACAUACAUUUAAAUAGCUGACUAGAUAGAUUGAUUCUCUCAUUAUACAUUCAUAUUUUGCUGAUACGGUAUAUAUGUAUAUGCAAUUUCAACAUAUUCAUAUACAAAUGUAUAUCAGUUGCAUACAGAAAUAUUUUGAAGGGUCUACAUAUAUCCUGACAGACAGAACUUUGACGGGUUCGUUAUUAAAUAAUAAGUUUCAUUGAUUUUCUUUGCGUGUGUGAGUUUAUGUACUGUAUGUGUUUGCAAAUAUAUAUAUAUAUAUAUAUAUAUAUAUAUAUAUAUAUAUAUAUAUAUAUAUAUAUAUAUAUAUAUAUAUAUAUAUAUAUAUAUAUAUAUAUAUAUAUGAAAUUAUACAAUUUUGUAUAUAUUCAUAGUAAUGGCAAAUCAUUGUGACAAUAAAUUGCCAAGAGCUUCAGGCUUGUUUAGCACGAAUUUUUCUUACCAACCAAAAAUUGUAUUAGGUAGAUUUAUACUACUUAUGCCAGUAUGUGAAUCUGUUACUGCAGAGUUUGUUUGAAACAUUCCUUUACACUUAUAAUGUUGUUUGUGACCAAGUAAAACUUUUAUUCCUUUAUCUGCCUUGUUGCCUGAUCAUCCUUCUGUUUAUCCUUAAUCCUAGAAUUUAUCACCUUGGUCCCGUUUUAUUUCCUUGUAGCAAAUGUAAAACAUUUGAAAAAUAUGUAUUUAGAGUAAGUAAUUUUUCCUGCGAUGAAAAUCCCAUUUGCAGAAGUUGUAAAGUGGUUUUGUCAUACGUGAAAGCACACAUUAUGAUCUAACUUUUAAGGAUUGUGAGGAAUAUUUUUACUGUAUUUUGAACUGACCUUAAAGAGCACAUUCUUGUUGUUUACAUAGUCCAGUAUGCCCGUUUGCUUGGUUGGUGGGCCAAUUGAGGACUUAAAAUUUUCUGCUGUCAUCAUCUAAGGUCAGCAAGACAUACCUUGAGUAAUCCCAAGAUAUUUAUUUUUAAAUGUAUGACUAAAUUGCCAAAAUGUUAAAAGAAAUGUUCAGUCUGCUGUGUAUUCAUGUUCAGAAAUUAUUGGCAUGAUAUAUGUUUCAUAAGUACAUAUGAAUCUUAUUUCAGUCAAGACAUUUUAUCUUUAAUGCAGACACACCAGUGUAAUGUUGAGAUUAUGAUUAAAUUAUUUGGAUAAAUGUUAAAGUGGCUUAUGCAUAUAAUGAGCUCUUGAAGGUUUAAUUUAGUCAUUCUUUUUAGUAUCCCUAUGAUUGGUUAUGUGAUUUUUUUUUCCUUGUUCAAAAAAAAAAAGACACCGCAAACACUAAGGAAAAUAAAGCAUUCUUGUAUUUCAA